CGUGCACACUCACCCUGAGCGGCCCAGCCCUGUCCUCCCCUCCCCCUGGGACCCCCUGAGUCUGCACAGCACCCCCAAGCUGCAACCCCCCACCCCACGCACCACCACCCAAAAAUAAGCAGCUCCCUCCCCAACCCUAUGGAACAAUAGCACAGAGUGGUACAAGUGCUGCUGCCUGGCACUGGGGGCUCAGCUGACCUUGCUGGGGCCGUUCCUGCCGCUGCAUCUUUACAAGUUCAAGUGGAACCUUCUCUGGAAUCGGCACAAUCGCUGGGUGCAGCAAGGGACCCGAAGAGGAUUCCAGCCUGCAAACUUCCCUCUAGGUUUCUCUUUGUGCAGAAUCCAGGCCUCGGCUUGGAUUUCCCAACCUCAAUCAUGGAGCCGAGCAGUUGGAGCGGCAGCGAUAGUCCUGCCGAUGACAUUGAGAGGAUGAGCGAUUCGGCAGAUAAACCCAUGGACAAUGACGCCGAGGGGGUCUGGAGCCCGGACAUUGAGCAGAGCUUUCAGGAGGCCCUGGCCAUCUAUCCCCCCUGCGGCCGUAGGAAAAUUAUCUUGUCUGACGAAGGCAAAAUGUAUGGUAGGAAUGAACUGAUAGCCCGAUAUAUCAAAUUAAGGACAGGGAAAACGCGGACCAGGAAACAGGUGUCUAGUCACAUUCAGGUUCUUGCCAGAAGGAAAUCUCGUGAUUUUCAUUCCAAGCUAAAGGAUCAGACAUCAAAGGACAAAGCACUGCAACACAUGGCGGCCAUGUCAUCUGCUCAGAUCGUGUCGGCUACUACAAUUCACAACAAGCUGGGCCUGCCCGGAAUCCCCCGGCCUGCCUUCCCUGCUGCUCCCGGGUACUGGCCAGGAAUGAUCCAGACGGGCCAACCUGGUUCUUCCCAAGAUGUGAAGCCAUUUGCUCAACAAGCCUAUCCCAUUCAGCCAAGCGCCACCGCACCAAUUCCAGGAUUCGAACCUGCCGCUCCCCCAGCAUCCUCUGUUCCAGCAUGGCAAGGUCGCUCCAUUGGCACAACCAAACUACGACUGGUGGAAUUCUCAGCGUUUUUAGAACAGCAGCGGGACCCUGAUGCAUACAACAAACACCUCUUUGUGCACAUUGGACAAGCAAAUCAUUCUUACAGCGAUCCGCUGCUUGAAUCCGUAGACAUUCGCCAGAUCUACGACAAGUUUCCAGAGAAGAAGGGAGGACUGAAGGAACUGUUCGGGAAGGGACCCCAAAAUGCAUUUUUCUUGGUUAAGUUCUGGGCGGAUUUAAAUUGCAAUAUUCAGGAUGACACUGGGGCGUUUUACGGUGUCACAAGUCAGUACGAGAGUUCAGAAAACAUGACGAUAACCUGUUCUACUAAAGUCUGCUCGUUUGGGAAACAAGUUGUGGAGAAAGUAGAGACAGAAUACGCAAGGUUUGAGAAUGGCCGAUUUGUAUAUAGGAUAAACCGCUCUCCGAUGUGCGAAUAUAUGAUAAAUUUUAUCCACAAGCUAAAGCACUUACCGGAAAAGUACAUGAUGAACAGCGUCUUGGAAAACUUCACUAUUUUAUUGGUCGUCACGAACAGAGACACACAAGAGACUCUGCUCUGCAUGGCGUGUGUUUUCGAGGUCUCAAACAGCGAACACGGCGCACAGCAUCACAUCUACAGGCUUGUUAAAGAUUGAGCGACCCUCCCUACGGUCGACCCCCUACCCACGUACACACUACAGAAACCUUCACAGUGGAAAACAGACUUAAACUCACACAAGUGGCAGUGCCUCUGUCUCACCCAGCAAGUUUCAGUGAAGUCUCUUUGAAAAUCUGUUUAUAAUUCAUUGGUAGCUGUGAAACGUUACGGUUGUAAAGAUUUUUAUUUCUUUUUUUUAAAAAAAUUACUUAUUUUGGGAGUUGACACACUGCAAAGACACGCUGAGCCUUGCAGAGCAAACGCACAGCAACGCGUUUCACGGCGACGCUACAUCGUGCAGAAUCCUACUUUAAGUAGACUUUGUACUGGUGGAUGGAGAGAGAGAGAGAGAAAGAUAAAAAAACAAAAUCAGAAUUUUUUUUCUUUUGAAAAAAAUUCAGCCUUUUUAAACUUUUCACUUAAAAAUAUGACGCUUGGACAAUUCAAGCACGAAACGCUAAGAAAUGGUAUGAAUGUAAGGAGACAUUUGAGAAAUGUUUCUUUUUAACUACCUGAGGGAGGGGCAUACAGAAUGUAAUUCUCUAAAUUAUUUUAAAAAGAGGAAAGAAAAAAAUUGUUUUAUAAGAAAA